AUGAUGCUAAAAUCAUCUAACGGUCUUUUAUGCCGCUUUCCCGUCAUCCAAAGUAUACUUACAUCAUUGGGAUGUAAGGAGAACAUUUAUGUCAGCGCAUCAUUAGAUCGAUGGUAUGUACAUCAUUUGCGUUCACCUCGUAUUUUCACUCCACCCAAAAAACCUUUCACAUAUGACAACGACUGGGAAAAUCAGCCAUACAAAUCAAAAUCUCAGAAUGAAUACAUGACAAAUGUCGAAUCAUAUAAAGAUUUUCAGAGUUUAGAUGAACGUUUAAAAAACAUGUUCACAUAUAAAUAUGUGCGUAGAAGAGAUGAGUUGAGGAGAAUUUAA